UGGUGUCGGAUGGAUGAGACGCUGGACGCCGGUGUAUUCAGACGCAGUUGAAACGAGGACGAGGUUAAGUCGCGCGGUUUGCGUCGGCAACCAGCAAUAGAGGUAUCUCUAAAACCUCUUGCGUCCAAAAAAUAAAUCCACGGAAAUAAUCCAUUUUGAGAAGAACCUGUACAAGAUCCCUGAAGACAAUUAGGAAAACCACGAGUGUAUAGAGGUUCAGCCUUUCAUCCCACUUUCCAGUGGAACUGUUUCUAAGUCAUAACAAUACAAGCCUAAAUGUGUUCCAUAGCAAUGCCAGCCGAGCUGCUUCUGGGGCAUAGUCCUCCAGUGUACAGCCCGCUUCUUUACAGUCCCUUGGUAGUAACGGCACCACCGAUUACCAGCAGGUCGGUGCCACCCAGGAUCAGGCCAUGUCUGUCGUCUGGUUCCCUGGCUAUCGAUAGUAUACGAAACAACAACGAUGGCAGCAAUAAUAAGCAGAAAAAGAAGGUGGUGUUUGCUGACGAUCGUGGCCGCCCUCUUACUCAGGUCCGGGUAAUGUCGGAACCUAGCAACGUACCACCACUUUGGAGUACAGCGUACCUAUCCGGACUAACUGGACGACUUUUAAAUUCAAAAGUAGAAAAUGACGAGCCCAGCGAGCUUAUGUCACCGUGGCAAGUUACGUUUCCCCAACCAGCCAGCGAUUAUCUUGCCUUUCGUCGGAAACUGGAUCAGGAAAAUGUCAGUUUAGAGAACGUGAUAGUAAAAGAAUCGGAACAGUGGAUCGUGGGCACUGUGAAGGUACGAAAUUUGGCGUACGACAAGGAAGUGGUGGUCAGAGCGAGCAACGAUUCUUGGAAGACCCACGAGGAUGUACAUUGUACUUACGUUGAACAACCUGGCGCUCCAGCUUUAAUUCUUUACGACACUUUCCGUUUUCGAUUAACUCUACCAUUAACAUCGAACGUAGUAGAGUUCUGUGUACGAUAUCGUACGGAUGGCAAGGAAUAUUGGGACAACAACGAUGGGACAAACUAUGUCGUUCGCAAAAAGCUGGAGCCUAGGGCACCACCGAAAAGGUACGAUAUUCUUACAACUUCCUGUGACGGAUUCUCGAGCAACGGUGUGGCACGGGACAACAUAACUCGAAUCACAGACGCGACAAGAGCGAAUAUGCGCACGUGGAGCGAAUUCGCGUCCUGGCAGCAUCUUACAAACGACACCCCGUACUGGUGAACCGUCUUCAAGGACUCUCGUUAAGCGAUGUACGAAGUCGUACGAAUUCUUCCAGUUUACUUGGUUAAUCAGCGAGGCGUAGAUCACGCGGGACGAGGUGUUCUCACUACGUACACAACACGACACACGGAAAAAAGGAUGGUGUGUCACGACUGGACGCCAGGAAUAGGGGAACGGAGAAGAGAAUAUUGACGAAAGAAGGGAAGCAAUGAAUUACGAUUCAGUUCAUUUUGUAAAAGGACAUGCUUGCGCGGAAGGGAUACAUAAUCGGAGGUCGAUAGCGCGGAACAUAUGGGAAGGAGGCACUGGUCGCGUUACAUUUAUGAUUGCAACGUGCAGACAUCAACGCGUACAGAUAACAAUAGCCGUGCAAGACAACAGAUCAGAUUGGAUGGAUGAUUCUAAAAAGAAUUCUAAAGCUUCCCUGACUCGACAAAUUCGAAGAUAUCGCCAUAAACGUCUUCUUCUCGAUCGUCAUCUUCCUUCUCCUCCUCUUCCUCUUUCCUGGAACUUGGCUGCCAUAGCCGAGGAUGUCCAUCAAGAUAAGUUUGCACCUUCAAAGUUGACCAAAUCUCGCUGGUCUCGCCCGUUCCUCUUUCUCUUUCUCUAAUUCUGUUAUCCCCGAUUUUAUGCCUUUCUUUCUUUCUCUUUCUUUGCUUACCUUCUCUCUUUCUAUCUUUUUCUUUUUCUCUCUCUUUGCCUGUUACUUCUUUCAAUUCGUUUCAAACGUCGUACGAAUUCAAUACCUUUUUUUUUUUUAUCUUUUUCUUUUUGGGCAUGAUCUUUGGAUUAUCAACGCGAGGUAACACAACAGCGUAGCUCAACAAUAAUCAGGAAUUAAGAAGGGAUUAAGGAAAUGAAAAGAGACUCCUGCGAGCGGCUUCAAACGCAACGGUCAAUCGUCAUUGAUCAUUUUAUUAAAAGAUCAAUGAAAAUGCAAUACUUUAUUAAUGUGUUAACACGUUGACCGUCAUAGAGGCUACCUAUGAUCCGUAUUACAAAUUUAUUUAUAUCGAUAAUGUGGAAUAAGAAAUAUAAAAUAACUGAAUGACGGUAUCCUCGAUAAUAAUUAUUAUUGUAUAUUGGUUAUGGCGGUCAACAAGAUUGUGUUAUUAUAUGCCACGUUGCAAAUGUAACCGCUCACAGGAGCAAUUAUAAGAGUAAUUUGUUUCCGCGAAGGUAAUACCGUAUCGUUACCGUAAUUAUAUAUAGGUGUAAUUAUAAGAGAAGAAAAAAGAAAGGACCGUUACCUUCCGAUGCGGGGAAUUACUAUAUGUUUUUGUUAUUUGACCGGUGCUAACUGCUGUCUCUUUAUUCAAAUGAUUUACGGAAUAACAACGUAAAGAGGCUAAAGUUACACGCGAUGUUAUUACAUUUGUAUCAAUCUCGUAUUGGUUGUUAUCGUCUGAUAAAUUGGUAUCAGUUACCACGGUUAUAGAAAUAGUCUCCUCGCGUGUCUCGAUUUCUGUACGACAAAUUAGCUGACAAUUAGGCGCGACGAUACACUCUCUCUUCGUCUGUACAAUCUUUUCUUGUAAUCUUCAAUUUCAUAACGUUCAUUUUAUGGAUGACUUAACGGCGUGCUCGUAUCGUGGACACUAUUAAUUUCUGAUCAGAUGUUUCCAUGGACAGACUAAAAAUAGCACUUAAUCAACCAACAUUUUAUAAUCAUAAUCAAAAAUUGAAGAAUGAAAGAUAUUUAUAUAAUUAAAAUUUAUUUUUAGAUAGUUUCGUGACACGUGUGUACUACCAUGAGAAAAAACAAGAAGUUGCACAUCUUCAUUGAAAUUAGGAAUCUUUAUCAAUAGGAAUGAAUAUUCUUUUUGCUGCAUCCCAACUUUAAGAAAUUUUGAUUUUACUAUCUUUCGCUUUAUUCUCUGUACUGUUUCUCCACCAAGUACAAAUCAUCGCAUGAUGGAAUGCAUGUCAUCGUAGUAUAUCUUUAUGUACGACCAGUUCGUACGUGAAACAGUACAUGCACUCCCUCCUUUGACUUUUCUUGCCUCAAUUGUUGUAUUCGAAUAAGCACUCAGGAAACGAGAUUUUCUUUGCAGGGACGUUGGCGUGUGAUGAUGACGAUUGUCUCGAGAUUGCGAGGAAAAGGACUGCGGGAAAGGACUCAGGAUAGGAGGGAGGGCGUCGAAUUAUAGUGUAUACGGGUGCGAUUAGGGAUCCUUUCAAAUCUGGGAACCACUGGAAAACUGACUACUACUACUACUACCACCAUCGCUACUACUACUGCUACUACUUUAGAAGCUAAUCACACGAUCCAGCUUAGACGUCUUUCAGUCAAUUUUUGCCUACUAUCAACAGCACCCAACCUCACUGAAAGGAGAGCAGUCUCUUCAUUGUUGAUGCCCUCUGUGUAAAAUGUAUAUCGAAGUUCAACUAUCUACUGGACAUAGAACAAUAGGAUCUUGAUAAUGAUUGUUCUUUGAACACGACACUUCUGCUUUUUUUUCUUAACGUCGUUGUAAUUCUCAGAGUCACAAGACUCUUUCGGGUCUCGUUUUAUACGGUCCUAUCAGAUUUACAUAUAUUUAAGAUCCCUCUGUGAUGUAUCUUUCUUAUUAGACUUUGUGAAAUUUCCAGUUACGAAUGUGUGAUUAAUUUUAAACGAUUCCUAGAGAGUCUUUAACUCUGGUCAAAAUUGUUUAAUAAUAGAUUUUGAAAUGCAAGUUAGCAAUUUAUAGGACAACCAGAGACGAUGACUUUUGGAGUUUGUUUUUCUAUAUCAAAAAUUAAAAGGACGUACAGGGAAUAUCAUAGUAAAAUAUGUUUGCAGAUCUAGCUGUGCCCAAAGUGUUCAUCGACGAUCAAUUUAUUUUGUACUUAACUCUACUGAUUAUUCGUCCAUUGGUAUAUUGACCUAAUGUUUCUCUAUUUUUAUAAACAGACAAAUUAGGCUGCCCGCAAAUUAGAAUGCAGUAGAAAGACGUAUACAUAUUACACACAUGCUUUUAUCUCGUUAAGGAACAAUAUCUCUUUCUCUCUCUUUCUCUUUCUUUUUUUCUCGUUUUUAGUUCUCGACAAUGUAUUUUUGUACAUAAACAAGAUUCGACAUUUUAUUUAUCGUAAUCAAGCGUUUGUUAAUUCCAGUGAAGACAGAGGCAACACUCAGAAUGAUCUACUUAUUGAACUUAAAGUUGUUCCUCGCUGUACAUCAAUCCCUUCUGUGUCAUCAUGGUUAUUCUCGACAGUCUAAUACUCUUUUUUUUUUUUUGUACCUUAUCUUGUACUCGAUUCAUUCCAGAUAUUGUACAGAAAAUCGUUUGCCAUUAAUAAAGUAGUUUAGUGAAGGAAGAAUAUUUCGAACGACUGAAUGUAUAUAGAAGAAUCAAAAUCGAAGAAAAGCAAAUUAUUCUUCGAUAGUUUAUUCGUUUAUAUACUCGUAUACGUAUGUAAAUAAUACUGGCUCCUGAUAUUAAUUAUUUAAAUGGGAUUUAAUUUAGGUGAAAACAAUAACGACUUAUAUGUUUAAUAUCCUUUAGAGUGCAAUAGAGCUUUCUUCUUUCUUUCUCUUUCUUUCUUUGUACAUAUAUGUACUAUAUAUGCAUCGCGAUAUAUUGUAUAUUAAUAGCGAUAGAUAAAUUGCAACGAGUUCAACGAACGGAGGGAAGCGCGUUGCACCGGUUUUAAUUCGCGUUUCAUCUAGCAGAGUUUAGCAAGCCUUCUUAAACGCCGUUAGGAUACUUCCGUGUCACAUUGCGUCCAAUAUAAUUAGAUGUAUUGUGUUCAUUUCACGUGAAUAACACCGUGCCGAGUAAGCGAAUGUGUUAAGAUAAAAUCUCUACAUUUAUACACGCUUAAACUGUUGCGCUGCGCUCGUUUGAAGAAAGGAGAGUUUCAACCAGUACUGUCCACGUUAAAGUUUAAAAAAUUUAUCUACUUUGGUAAGCAAUGUAGGGAGAGGUCAAUACUAGGCGGUACUUGUUGGAAUUCUUCAACUAUUUUAUAGAUUAAUCGUUUGAAUGCUCUCAUAACGCGCUCACUUUGUGCUUAUCACUUAUAAGAAUGUCUCAAAGUCAGUUUCAAGAAUUAUACAUAUUUUGACACGAACUAGUGGCAUUCAAACGGUGAAGUAAAUUCGUGUAACGUAAAAAAAGAGAAAUCGCUACUACAAUACAACAAGGUCGUUACUUAAACCCUGAAGGAGCGAUGUACUAAGUGAUAUAAGGAUACUCAGGACCACAUACUGUGUUCUGUUUUAAGGUUCCAUUUUAAUACAUAUUGCUUGGAACACGUUUACACUUUAUGAAAUAUUUCCUAAAUUGCUCUUUCAUGUACCUUUGCCUCUUGAAGGCUUUCACGACCUUGUUACGUUUUGUGGCGGCGACUAUUUUCACGAUGCUCCUUAAGAAUAAAUUUGCCUAGAGAUUUAAUAUAGUAAAGCGAGAUUAUUAACGAACACACACCCGAAAUGCGUUAUUUAAAUGUAGAAUUUUCUUUUGAGAGCCGUAAGACUGAUAACUUAACGCGGACCGCACAGGCUGUUGUAUAUAUAGUAUAUUAAUAAGAUGCGAGGCCGAAUUUCUGUAAAGCUUAACGACGCGAUAGAAACGUUUUUUUUUUAUUAGAAAAUUAUACAAUUGUUUCUUUUGAUCACGUCGAUGAGUUUUAUUGAAAGUUUUAUUCCUCAAAUUAGGGCAUGUCCGGCGUUAAGUUGAUUCGUUAAAGUUCGUUUAAGGCUUUGCGAAAAUGUGAAAAAAAGUUCCCGAAAAGAAAUUAAUAUAUCUUGGCUAGUUGUCAAACGUUACUUCGCGUUGUGAUUUUUUUUUUUUUUUGUUAAAUAUAUUUCUCCCUUUUAUUGUAUAAUAAUUGUAAUAUUUGAAGCCUGAGUAUAGUCUAGAUAGAUUUAUAAUAAUAACAAUAAUAAUGUUAUCAGUUACUAGAUCGAUUUUUCUUUUUUUUUAAUUAGUAUAUAACACGACUGCGAAUUUAUCAUUAUAUGAACGCGUUUUAUUCUUUGUAUAUGUAUACAAACGUCUGUUAUUGAGAAUUGUAAAUACAUAUUCCGACGUGUUAUUUACGUAUAUAUACAAUAUAUAUACACAUAUAUAUUUAGAGCGAUUAGAAAUAUUUUUUAGGUGGGAAUCAUUAUGUGCCGUAGAAGUUAUUAUUCUUAAGAUUGCGACAAAAGAGAAAUGCGUAAGACGAAAGGUACUAAACUAGAUAGGCUUUAGAAAUUAUGUUUCAUUAUUGAUGAUACAUAUUGGAAGAAAAUAUAUACGUAUACACAUAAAAUUUAUUAACCAUAUUUCGCAUUAUCUAUCCUAAUAUCAUCAAAAUUAAAAAACACUUUGUUAUAUCAUUAUUUCUUUCCCAGUAUUCAGUACACGAUGAUUUAUCAUUCUGAUGACUACUCCAGGAACAAGGAUAAACAUCAUUUAUCUAAAUAAAUUUACUAAUUAAUAUAAUUAACUACCAAUAUACGUGUAUUUAUUGAAAAUGAAACAAUGUUAGCGUUAGCAAUUAUAUUAGCGUCGCGAUAAUCAAUUAUAGUGCAGUAUAUUCAAAUACAUCAUUAUUUCCUUCCUGACAACGUCAUACGAUUCUUUGUAUGGGGAAUCUCAUAUCGGAUAGGCGCAAAUAAAAUAAAAAAUAAUGUCUCGUUAAUAAACGUCAUAACUUUA